AUGUGGAUGAAGAAGAUGAAAAAGAAACGGCAAAAGCAGAUGGAGGAAAAAGAGAGCACAAGAGGUGUGGUGGAGAAACAGGAAGCACAAGACUUCAAAGAGGAGGGGAAGAUAAGCGGAAAGGAAACAAAUGGGAAGAACAAAAGUGUUCGAGAUAACAACGAUCAGGCUGUUGUAACACAAAGAAGAAAACAAAAGACAAAUCGAGUAGUUCCUAGAUUUCAGCACGAGUGGGCAGAGACUCUUGCCUUCAGUGAGUAUGUCUAUCUGAAUGACAUUCCGACAAACCAGAUUAACGAGUUUGUCCAGUAUCUCCAAAAGAAAGGCGCAGAGCUGACGACUGAUGAGGAGGAAAUCAUACAGGAGAAGGAAGCAAAGGAAGCGGUAGAAUGCGAGGAGGAGGAGAUGAAGGCAGAGGAGGAGGAGGAGGAGCUAGAGGCAGAGGAGGAAGAGAUGAAGGCAGACGAGGAGGGGCUGAAGGUAGAGGGGGAGUUGAAUGCAGAGGAGGAGGAGGAGGUGAAGGCAGAAGAGGAGGAGAUGAAUGACAUUCAGACAAACCAGAUUAACGAGUUUGUCCAGGAUCUCCAAAAGAAAGGCGCUGAGCUGACGACUGAUGAGGAGGAAAUCAUACAGGAGAAGGAAGCAAAGGAAGCGGUAGAAUGGGAUGAGGAGGAGGAGGAGGAGCUGGAGGCAGAGGAGGAAGAGAUGAAGGCAGACGAGGAGGGGCUGAAGGCAGAAGAGGAGGAGGAGAUAAAUGACAUUCAGACAAACCAGAUUAACGAGUUUGUCCAGGAUCUCCAAGGGAUGGGCGCAGAGCUGACGACUGAUGAGGAGGAAAUCAUACAGGAGAAGGAAGCAAAGGAAGCGGUAGAAUGGGAAGAGGAGUUGAAGGCAGAGGAGGAGGGGCUGAAGGUCAAGGAGGAGGAGAUGAAUGACAUUCAGACAAACCAGAUUAACGAGUUUGUCCAGAAUCUCCAAAAGAAAGGCGCCGAGCUGACGACUGAUGAGGAGGAAAUCAUACAGGAGAAGGAAGCAAAGGAAGCGGUAGAAUGGGAGGAGGAGGAGGAGAUGAAGGAAGAGGAGGAGGAGGAGCUGCUAGAGGCAGAGGAGGAAGAGAUGAAGGCAGACGAGGAGGGGCUGAAGGUAGAGGAGGAGUUGAAUGCAGAGGAGGAGGAGGAGGAGGAGCUGGAGGCAGAGGAGGAAGAGAUGAAGGCAGACGAGGAGGGGCUGAAGGUAGAGGAGGAGAUGAAGGAAGAGGAGGAGGAGGAGGAGCUGGAGGCAGAGGAGGAAGAGAUGAAGGCAGACGAAGAGGGGCUGAAGGUAGAGGAGGAGAUGAAGGAAGAGGAGGAGGAGGAGCUGGAGGCAGAGGAGGAAGAGAUGAAGGCAGACGAGGAGGGGCUGAAGGCAGAAGAGGAGGAGGAGAUAAAUGACAUUCAGACAAACCAGAUUAACGAGUUUGUCCAGGAUCUCCAAGGGAUGGGCGCAGAGCUGACGACUGAUGAGGAGGAAAUCAUACAGGAGAAGGAAGCAAAGGAAGCGGUAGAAUGGGAGGAGGAGCUGAAGGCAGAGGAGGAGGGGCUAAAGGUCGAGGAAGAGGAGAUGAGGGCAGAGGAUGUGGAGGAAAAUUUAAGGAAGGCAGAAAAGGAGGUGAAACCAGAGGAGGGGAAGGAGGAGAUAAAGGCUGAGGAGGAGAUGACGGCAGAGGAGGAAGAGGAGGAGGUUAAGGCAGAGGAGGAGGGGAUGAAGGUAAAGGAGGAGGAGUUGAAGGCAGAGGAGGAGCUGAUAGCUGAGGAGAAGGAGAUGAAGGCUGAGGAGGAGGAGAUGAUAAAGGCUGAGGAGGAGGAGACGAAGGCGGUGGAGGAGCAGGCAAUCACUUUGGUUGCGGAGGCUAAUGUCACAGAGGAGGACACAUAUCUAGAGGACGAGAAGGUAGUGAAGCCGUCAGAAAUGACGGAGGAGUUAAGAGAAUUUGCUGAAAGCUUGUGGAACGAUACGCGGAUGGAGAAGAUGAAGAUGAAGAAGGGGCAAACACACAAGGAUGAAAAGAUCAUUAACGAAAUGAAAGAGGUGUUGGAGGGGAUACAAGAGGCCAAAGACUUCAAAGAGGAGAGGAAGCUUCAUGUAAAGAAUGAAGAUAGGAAGAAGGAGAGUGAUCAAGAUAACAAAGAUCAGGCUGUUGUAACUGGAAGAAGACAGAAAUGGUGGCAAUUUUUAUGCUGUUUUUGUUGGAGGAGGCGCAGCAGGCGUUCUUGA